GAGAAAUGAAAUGCCGUUGGAUGGAUGGACAAGAGAGACUCCACGUCUAACCACCUGGUGUGGGCUUCUCUGCUUCCUUUUUUCACCCCACCUAACCCAGCCGCUGUGUGAAACACCUCAAAUAUAACAAGCAGACACUUGGGGAGCACAAAUGAGCCUCCAGGUCAAAUCCAGAGACUGGCCUUCCUGAGAGGCCCCAGGGAGUCAUCGUGGGAGGAAGGAGGGGACUGACCAAAGCCACCAGGCCCAGGGGCCUGCUCUGUUGCUGACACCUCAGACUCUGCUUCCCCCUGGUGGUGCCUGCUGGCCCUGCAGCUCAGACCACGUGAUUUCUAGGAAACCACCUCCCCGGAGGAGAACUGAAACUUAGGGUGGGGACUGUAGAAAGGGGAGGAGAGAGCAGAAGCCUAGCCUAGCACAAGCUGAGCCUGUGAUAUCCUCGGUCGCUCAGGAUGGCCUCCGGCAAAGCACGCUGCACCCGGAAGCUGCGGAGCUGGAUAAUACAACAAGUGGAGAGCGGGCAGUUCCCAGGGGUGUGCUGGGAUGACACAGCCAAGACGAUGUUCCGGAUUCCCUGGAAGCAUGCAGGCAAGCAAGACUUCCGGAAGGAUCAGGAUGCUGCCAUAUUCAAGGCUUGGGCACUGUUUAAGAAAAAGCACAAGGAUGAGGACAUAGGAGCCCCUGCUGUCUGGAAGACUCGCCUGCGCUGUGCCCUCAACAAAAGUCCUGAAUUUGAAGAGGUUCCUGAGAGAGGCCGUAUGGAUGUUGCUGAACCCUACAAAGUAUAUCGGAUACUGCCACCAGGAACCCUCCCUGCCCAACCAAGAAGCCAGAAGUCACCGUCCAAGCGAUCCAGCAGUGCCAUGUCACCGGAGAGGGAAGAGAGCGACAAGGAGAGCGGGAAGACCAGCGGGGUUACAAGCCUCUCAGACUGUGCCAGCAGUGGCGGCAGCAGCAGCGGCUACAGCAGCAGCAGCAGCCCCGAGCCGGAGGAAGGUGCUAGCACAAGCGAAGCCUGCAUCCCAGAGGACCCGGUGUUCAUGGAGAACCCACUGCCUCUCAACUCAGACUACUCGCUGCUGCUCACCUUCAUCUACAGUGGGCGUGUGGUGGGCGAGACCAAGGUGCAGAGCCUAGACUGUCGCCUCGUGGCUGAGCCCUCGGUCUUGGAGAGCAGCAUGCUACAGGUGGUGUUUCCUAAGCCUGAUCCACUGGAGCCUAUCCAGCACCUGCUGAGUCAGCUCGAGAGAGGCAUCCUGGUGGCCAGCAACUCCAGAGGCCUCUUUGUUCAGCGCCUUUGUCCCAUCCCCGUCUCCUGGAAUGCACCUGAGGCCCCGCCUGGGCCCGGUCCACAUCUGCUGCCCAGCAAUAAGUGUGUGGAGCUCUUCAGUACCUCCUGCUUCUCUAGAGACUUGGCCCAGUACUUCCAGGGCCAGGGCCCCCCACCCAAGUUCCAGGCAACAUUGCAUUUCUGGGAGGAGAGGCCUGACUCUAACCAUACCCAGGAGAAUCUUAUCACAGUGCAGAUGGAGCAGGCCUUUGCCCGGGAUUUACUGGAGAAGAUUCCAGAGGAGCAGAAAGCCGCUUGGUUCCUGGUACAGAACCCAGAACACCCAUCUGCCACUUUACCACUCUGAAAUAGACUUGUUCUCCACACCAUUGGUCUGCCUGCUUUGUGUUAAAUGUCGCUGUGGGUUAUACAACAUGGCUGGAAGGGCAGGGUCUUUUUAUCCUUAAAAUAACUAUUUUGAGAGCCUCUUGGUAAAUAUUUGUAAUCUCAGCACUUGGGAGACAGACUGAAUGACUUUUAUUUACUUUUUGUAGAUACACCCUCUUUCAUCUCUAAGGAAUUGGAAAGAUCCAAGUGGUGUGAUAUCAGAAGGAAUUUUGCUCUCUUUCCAACCCCUAACUCUAAAUCCAAGCACUUUAUGUUUCCUUCCUAGAAUUCAAAAUAAAAUUUAACUGGGUGGGGUAGGGCACACCUGUAACCUUGGCACCUGUGGGGAAGAGGCAGGAAGAGUGAAUUCAAGGCCAACCUUGGUGACAUUAUGACCCUGUCUCCAACAAAUAAAUAAAAGCUUUUUAAAAGAUA